AGGUGCUGGAGCUGUUGAGCAGCUCCGGGCCCGAUUCCUGUUCCUGGUGCUUGGCGGCCCUGCUGUCGACCCUGCGUCCGGGCUGGCAGGAGCCUGGGGAGGAAUUGGCGGUGGCGCGACUGCCGGCAACGGCCGGCUGGAUGCGAGACCUGCGUGGACCCGGCGGUGGACAGCGGUUGGGUUGUCGACUCCAAGAAGCAGAUUGUCCAGUAGAGGAGCUCUACCGCGCUGGCCAUGGCCUCCAACUUUAACGACAUAGUCAAGCAGGGCUAUGUGAAAAUCCGCAGCAGGAAGCUAGGGAUUUUCAGACGAUGCUGGUUGGUCUUUAAGAAGGCUUCUAGCAAGGGACCCAGAAGGCUGGAAAAAUUUCCAGAUGAAAAAGCAGCUUACUUCCGAAACUUUCACAAGGUAACUGAGCUGCACAACAUAAAAAAUAUAACCAGACUGCCUCGAGAGACAAAGAAGCAUGCAGUGGCCAUUAUCUUUCAUGACGAAACGUCAAAGACAUUUGCUUGUGAGUCAGAGCUGGAGGCUGAGGAGUGGUGCAAACACCUUUGCAUGGAAUGCCUGGGGACAAGGCUGAAUGACAUCAGUCUAGGGGAGCCUGACCUACUGGCAGCUGGGGUGCAGCGGGAACAGAAUGAACGAUUCAAUGUUUAUCUAAUGCCUACACCCAACCUGGACAUUUAUGGUGAAUGCACAAUGCAGAUCACUCAUGAGAAUAUCUAUCUCUGGGAUAUCCACAAUGCCAAAGUCAAACUGGUGAUGUGGCCUCUUAGCUCACUAAGAAGAUAUGGUCGGGAUUCAACGUGGUUCACCUUUGAGUCAGGAAGAAUGUGUGACACAGGAGAAGGACUGUUCACUUUUCAAACAAGGGAAGGAGAAAUGAUCUAUCAGAAGGUCCACUCUGCAACACUGGCCAUAGCUGAGCAACAUGAAAGAUUAAUGCUAGAAAUGGAGCAGAAGGCCCGGCUUCAGACAAGCCUGACUGAACCAAUGACGUUAUCGAAAUCCAUCUCUCUUCCGCGUAGUGCAUACUGGCAUCACAUUACCCGUCAGAACAGCGUCGGAGAAAUCUACAGCUUGCAAGGUCAUGGGUUUGGCUCAUCAAAGAUGUCCCGUGCACAGACAUUUCCCAGCUAUUCUCCAGAACAGAGCGAAGAGGCUCAGCCACCAUUGUCACGGUCCAGCAGCUAUGGAUUCAGCUAUAGCUCCAGCCUCAUUCAAUGACACACAGAGGCCACCACUGAACAGCAAACACAGUCUGCCCUGGACCUGCCAUGGGGUCAUUUCGCCCUGUACCUCCUGGAAGACCAAUUGCAGUACAAAUUAACAUUGGUAGGGACUAGUCCCAACUGGAAGGUUAAAAACUGGAGCUCUGCUUCCUUGAUCCAGUGGUUAAGUCCUUUGUUUAUUGAAUUUCUAUGGGGGAAAUCUAUGUUUUACAAAAAAAGAAUCCAAUAAUAUGAAUGCUCAUAAAUAAGAAAAAUUAUUUGUGUCUGCCAGUAGCAGAAGCCUUGGCACUGGGAACUUUGCCCACUGUAGUUUGUGCCUGGGUGGGGGGGUCACCAACAUUUGUCCUUAGGGCUGUGUACUCCUGUUUGGACACAGAGCCUGUCUUUAAACAUAAUGAUGACCCACUGUAAGAUCUGUGGCUUUUUCAGUUUUGACAGAAACAGAUCAAGUAAGCUCUACACGUGGCAUCUUAAUUCUCCAUGUAAAGAAGCCUAGUGACAAUUAAGGGUAUGUAAAAUUAUAAUACUCCAUUAAGAAGGGCCCUGGAGAGAGAGAGGGAGAGAGAGAGGAGAGAGAGAGAGAGAGAGAGAGAGAGAGAGAGAGAGAGAGAGAGAGAGAGAGAGAGAGAGAGAGAGAGAGAUUGCUAUAUCUAUCUAUAGAUUAGGAUAUAUCACAUGUGCUGUGGGUGACAGGAUAUGCUCACUGAAAUUAUGUUGAAUAACUAAUUUUAAAGUACUGCUGUUAGAAAAUGAAAAAGGCCCCCUGUUAGAAAAUGAAAAGGGCUCCCUACUAGCAGCAGUAUCACUGUAGCCCACCCUGAUCCUAUGAGGAUUGUGAGCAAAAACACACAAGAAGGAAGUGUUUCAAAAACAAUAUUACCAGCCCAACUGCCCUGCAUGUCCAUUAUGCUGUCUGUCUGGUUGGCAUUCUUCUGUUUGACUGUUUGUCUCCUUGGCAAACAUUCUGAGCUACCUGAGAAAUUGGUGUAAUCUGCAACUCCAAUGAGAGACUCCAAAACAUUUGAGAAAGAUACAAAGCUACCCUUAAAACGAAUCUAGCUAUCUUUCAGUUAAAAGAAGGACAAAUGAUUCAGGAAAGUAGACAUUAGUGUUUUAAAUUUCACAGAUGAAAUUUUGCAAAGGUCAUCAGGGGCUUGGCAUUUGGUAUGGAAUCAGAACUUGCUUGGCUUGAGUUUUUCUUGUACUGAACUUUAUUGGUUGAGAUGACAAGACAAAAUGUUUCACUUGAAAAUUUUUCAAGCUCUAGAAUGUGACAAAUUUCCAAGUUUGGAGGGAAAUGGGAAAUUUCACUUGAAGGGGAAAAGUUUGACUAAUUCAGAUACACAUAGAUAGGUUUGCCCAUAAUUUAGGGAGUGAAAAUACAAAUUAUUCUGCCUGACUCACCUGGUGUCAUGUGCCUAAACCAAAUAUCUAUCAAGGAAUCCAGAUCAGAUUUCAAGAACAGAAAGCCAAGGUCAAGCAAGAGGAAAGCAUGACUUUUUCCUUGAUAGCCAAAUGUUCUAUUGAAGUGAGUCUACUUCCAAGGUACCUUUUUGCUGAUUCCCAUUAAGAUUCCAUUCAUCCUUAUCCAUAGCUUUCCAGAAGAUUGACAACUCCCUUCCAUGAAUUACUACUGAGUAAACAUGGUUAUGCAUUCCUCCUUGAUUGAUGCACACUUACUGCAACUACCUACACUCCCCAAAUCACUUGGAUAGGUAUAAAAACCUCAUAAAGACACUAAUCAGAAGAGUCAAUGUGGCGGUGAAAAAUAAUUAUUGUAAGCCUUCAGGGAUAAAAAGAAAAUUACCCCAACUCUACACUGUUGAUUUUGCUGACACAGCAGUAGAGCAAAUGCCUGGGUCCUUCUGAGGAGAGAAUACAGCCUUCCCUGGAACCCCGCUUUUCAGAGUUAAUGCCUCUGAGUUUCUUUAACACAUGGCAUCUGCUGUAGAAAUGCCAUUAGUAAAUUUAUCAGAGCAGCUCUGAGCUGAGACUGUGCUAGCACGGUUCCUAGUGUAGCCUUUAGAGCAUGUCUCUCCCUGGCUCACUGAGUCGAGCUGUUGCUUAGAGACCACGAGUUUCUACAAGGGACUUAUGGGGAAAGGCCCUGAGGGGUCUUGAUUCACAUCUCAGCUUUAUCCAUGUGCCAGAAGCACAGAUAGCAAGUCCAGUGGGAUUCUGCUAAUUAUGAGUCUGCUCUUGUGUCUCUUUGGUGGGAGACAAGUACCCUUAUGAAGUAACUUCACUAUUUGGAUCUGAUCAUUAACAAUGAGUGUCACUGGGAAGGAACUGAAAACCAUGCAUAAGUUUAGAACAAUUUUCUCUCUGAAAAUAAAGUCACAAAAAAAGAGUGUGUGAGAGAUGUACCUCUUUAGUCUUUAACCCAGUCUCACCACAGUGAGAAUAAUACUGUAAAAAUAUUUCAUGAUACAUUUUUAGGAGCUUUAUUCUAGCAUACUCCUCUGAGUAUAUUUAAAAUUUUAGCUAAGUCAAAACUGCUAACAAAGCAGAAAGAGAAUUUAUAGUAACCUAAUAUUCUUAACAUGAGGCAGUGCUCUCACUGUAAUAAAAGAGACAAACAGAUGAACCUAUAAAAACCAAAGAUGGAAGGAUACUUGUGAGAGUCUCCUGGAGCCUCAUAAAACCAUUCCACCAUAAUUAUUACAAAGGUUGUAGGCACGUAUUAGCACACCCAAGCCUGGAGGUUCUUGACUGAAGAUGCCUCUAUACUUUGCAAACUGUUCUCCCUUCAGAAAUUAUAUUGUACCUUAAAUAUAUAUGUGACUUUCUCAUUGUGAGGGAGAGACCACUACACACCAAAGACAUCUUUUUGGCCCCUUCUGCGUGUGACUCAGUUGGCCUUCCACUCAGAUUUACAUAGAGCUAUAAAGAUGCUUACCAUAUCUAUAUCAAGUUUGUUAGAGAAUGGUGAUGUAGGAGGCUCCCAUGCAUGAGAAAGUCUCUUCAAGAAGCAAACCAAGCCUGAAGGUAUACAUGGUUUUACAUGUUUUAUGAGGAGGGUUGGUUUUCUACCCUAGUCUUUUUCUUCUGAUAAUAUGCAUACAACCUGCAACACAUACCAUUAAAUAUGCAGAAAAGUGUAAAUGACCUUGACCCACUCUUUUACUGUUCUGGUGGGGUAGGGGGCUGGCACAAAACCACAUCUUUCUGUAAGUGGCUGAACAAAAAAAAAAAAAUAGGCUCUCAGAUAUAAUUUACUUAAACCAGUUGGAAAUAGUUCUGAAUCAAAGCUUUUGGCCACUGCCAUAAUUUGAACUUAAUAAAAUAGAUAGCUAGAGUGAGCCUUUGCUGAUUCAAAAUCAAGCCAUUGUUUCAUAUAUUAGGGAAGACGCUGUUUGAUAGAGCUUGUGAAAUGAAGUGAAGCAUAUUUAUUAGAACUAAACCUUUCCUUGUUCUAGUAUCUAGACUACUGGUUCCAGUGUGCAGUUCUUCUGAUUUCACUGAGAAAUUUUGUUUGAUAAUUAUUCAUCCUCCUUAUAAAAUGACCACUCAUUCAUCUCAUUCAUCUAACAUAGAAACAGUGUGGUAAUCAGUACCCUAAUAUGGUUAGCUGUAGACUUUACAAUCCAAUUUAUUGCAUGUGGUAUCAAUAUAGUGGAUAUUAAAAAUACAACCCAAAGAUUGAUGUCUAACCCUCAUUCUUUAGUCGAAAUCUCACAAAACUUCGUUUUGAAGAAUGCAUGAGUAAUUUACUUCUUUGAUUACUGGAACCACUUACAAAAUAACCGUUAAUGCUACAGUGAAAACAAGAUAAGGAAAUUACAUUAUUAUAAAAAAUUAUAGUCCAGUCUUGACUAUUCUAAUACAUCACUAUAAAUGGGCAAUAUAUAUCCAGUGGUCCUGAGGUUUAGACCCUUAAAUUCUUCAUGUUUCACAAACUACAAAUAUAAUGUUAAUGACUGCUUCAAACAUAUUAACAUGUCUAUCAAAAUAGUGCAAUGACCACCUGCUUUUACAAUUAUUAAUUAUAUGAUCUUUGCACUACCACCUUAUCAAAAUUGGACUCCAAAAAGUGUCAUUUGAGUAUGUACUCAAUUUUAAAAAUAAGUGAUAUGCAACACAAAUUAGUGUCAAGCCUAUGUAAUUUAUAGAGUAUUCAUAGGUUAUGAAAUUUAUAGAAAUUACUCAUGGAUGAAAUAGAAUCAAAGGAAAAUGAUCAGUCAGUAGGAUAAUUUGAGCAAAAUGAUAAGGAAUCCAUUGGCACAACCAGCGUAACGCUUGGACUGUACUUUUCCAAGAUUCUGACCUCUUCUGUGUGGUAGACUUUGCCUUCUUCACUGGUAUUCAUCUACUAUGUGCAAGUUAAAAAUACACAGUCAUAUUAUGUCUUAACAUAAGCAUGGAAAACACAUUAGCAACAUAUGUGAUGCUUUCAGUUUGGGAAAAAAUUAACACAAAAGAAGGUAUGUAAGCUGCAGUUUUAGCAAUGCAGGAAUUGCUUUCUGUAGGCAAUCUCUUUGGAAUUUUAUCAUAAAGUGAUGUUAUCAGUGAGUGAAAAGAAGUAUGUCAUGAGAAACAGAUAUCCCCAUAAUUAUGUACUCUGUAAAUGGAUUAGAAAGAUCCAUUUUGUGUAUGGAUCUAUCAUAAGCCCAUACUUUCUUACUUAAGAAUGUGUGAACGUUGCAACAUUUCUACAAUUACUCUCAGAGAAGAAGGCUUAGACAACUUAGCAAGCUUUGUGCAAGAAUCUUGGGAAACAGAUGCAUAUUUGAGACAAGCUUAAGCCCUAGCAGCAAUUUAAUGGCCAUACGGAGUUCGUUUUAUGCUCCCCUGAAAGAAAACUGAAACCUGUGGGUGCUGUAAUUUGUUCAGAGGCAAUAAACAGCUGGGGAUGCUAUGCUCCUGUUUCAGACCUCAUGAAUGCUCCCUGGCUCCCCCAUUUCUCAGCAGAUGUGUUGGGAACUAGGGAAUAGAAUGUGCCCUCAGAACACUUAAGUCCUUGUACCUUUAAAUGCUCACCUUUCUAUUUUAAGUGUAUUUCUUCCUCUUGGACUCAUCACCAAGGAUACUCAGAAAGCUUGUUUAUGAGCAACUCACUCUAUUUGUUGCUAUAAACUUUUUCAUUUAUAGGUUGUCAUCCACUACUUUAUUACCUCAAAUAAUAAGCAAACUAAAAGUUGAGAAAAUUUUCUUUGUUGUUGUUUACUUGUUGCUUGCUUUUGUUGUUGUUGUUUUUCCCCACUAACAACUCCAUGGCAACCAUGAUUAUUAGAUUGGGGGUCUUUAUCCCUCCUGAGGACAUUAUGAUUCCACUGUCAAGGACAUUUCUCACAAUUGUAUUAGAUAGCUGAUGACAUUAGGGCUAAAUUCUUUCAUGGAAAUCUCACAGUUUACACUCUCAGAUUAAGAGAAUGGAAGUUUUUAUAUUCAAAUGUUGUAUCCAUUAAGUUUUUCCUUAUGAACUUAUGUAGGCAAUUAUUUAAAUUAUGUGAAGUUUAGAUGAAUAAGAAAAAGGUUAAAAAUCAUCUUUUACUUGUAUUUUCUGAAACUUUCCCCAAGGUUAAUGUAGUAUGAUCUUGUAAAUAUUUGUAAAGGAUAAUUUCACUUGUAAUAGAAAUAGCCCCUGUAGUAAUUUCACAUAUACAACAAGUUCUAAUUUUAAUUAUUUAAUUUUCUCUGCCAGCAUCGCUAGUCUGAAGUCCUUCAUGCUAGUUAUCAGAGCUUUUCCAAACCAAUUUUGCUAGUUAAUACCAAUAACUUAAAAAUGUAUCCCUUUCAGGACAGUUUUAGACUGAGCACACAGAAUCAACCCUCUCUGUAGACAGACUGUGUGUCACUGAAGUAAACUACCGAGCUGAUUAGCAGUGGUUGAAACUCAAUCACUGAUGUCAUUCAAGGUAUCCACAGUCUCAAAAGAAUCUGGUAUUUGAAUUUUAUGAACAUAAAUGCCAAGGAAAACAUGAUUUAAUUUUAAGAUUCUGCAGGAUCUCCCUCAGAAGAACAGUCUUGGGAGGUUCAUAUGUAUUGAGGAUCACUGGCUAUAUAACAAAGAACAGACAAUGGCAAAGUACAGAACACAGUGAUACUAGUACCUUCAUGUUAAACAUAAAUCAGCAUAGAGCAUGAUUAUUAUGAGUUAGAAAUGUGGUCAGUAAAAUCCACAUCCACAAAUCUACUGCAUAACUCAAGAAGCAAUGCUUGAAAUGGAUAUUGAGAGAGAGGUCUCUUAAUGGCUUAAUGGGAGGGACAGAACCACACACUGGAGAUGACCUUUAUGAUGUGGUUUGCUUUUUGCCAUUUCUUAGACACUUAUUUUAGCUGUAAGAGGCAGCACAUGAACCACACCAACAAAUCUGUCUGCUCCUGAACAUGAAGGCCAGCCAAUGUCAUCUUCACUGAAGAUGAAAAGAGACAAUGGCAACCAUGUUCCUUCCCAUGUACCCCAACCAACACAUACAUACUCAUAUUCACAGAUACACUUUUGGCCUUUAGCUUUUGACCCACUGUAUUUUCAGCGAAGCUACCCUGUAUCGUUUAAAAUAUAUUUGUUGUGAAAUAUUUAUCCCUGUGACUCUCAAAAAUAUACUAAAUUAUACAUUACAUGCCCACUUCCUAUAAAUCUUUAUUUAAUUAAUUUAUAUAAUUUUCCGAAGUCUUCUAUUGUUACAAAGGGAUAGCAUUUGUUGUUAAUAGCAUUAACUAGACAUUGAUCCAUGACUAAGAAAUAAAACACCCACUACAAAUUUGCUUCAGUUAGAAAACAUGACCUACUGCAUCUUACUCUUAGGUACAAUCUAUUCCAAAUACUCUAGGGACAUCUGGACUUAAAUACUAAUUGAGGCCCAACUUUGGAAGGAAAUGAAAAGUAAAACAAAAUAGGAGUUUCUGACUGAGAAUAAAAUAUUAUAAUAAGGCAAUAAUAAAAUUAAGAAAUCCAGUUUUUAAAUUAGUGUGUGUGAUUUUUUCCUUCAGUAAAAAUACAUAGUUGAAGAAUUUGCUUCUCCUAAAUUUAUCAUUUUAUACAUAUUUCAAUCCUUAAGAUAUUUCAAAUUAUUGUUAUUGAGUUCUUAGAAUUCCAAGAAAUUCACAAAUGGAAUUGCUACAAAGAUGAUAACAUAGUUGCACAACUUUAAAGUUUGCAUCAUUAUUUAAAGAGAGUAAAACAUCUGAAAUACUAUUCUUCACCACAACUCUGCAUGAAUGAAAUUUUGAACUAAUUCAAUGGCUUUUCCCAUAAGUUAUUUGACUUUCUUAGCACUGUAAUAGUGAUUUCCUUUCAUUUUGUUGUUGGAUGAAUGUAACUUUGUAAAAACUAACCAGAAUUCUGACAAUCAUAUCUUGCUAACCUUUAAAAUGUUAACUUCUUUCAUCGCUUAUGAGCUUGUGAUUUUUGAAAUAAAGUAAAAGAGAGCCCUUUAUUAAUUGUAAGGUUACUGAGAAUUUAUUAUUUUCCUAACCUUAUAUUACAAUAGAGUUUGAAUUCAAUUGGGCUGAGUAUGCUUUGAAGAAACAUGGAACAUUAGUAUUAAUGAAGUCAUUACAACCAACAUAUUUAUUGUGUGUUUUCAAGUGAAAAGACAUCCAGAAAGCAUAAGUGAUGUACACAAUGCAAUGUAGUUAGAUUUUGGAAUUUUUUCUGUCUUUCUGCUCACUCAUUAAAGGUAAUGUAAAAUAAUUAAAAUGAAUAUUUGACAGCAAGAUUGGACAUCACAAUUGAAAUUCACAUGAUGCUAACUGUCGUGCAGUGAUAUGAUCCAUGAUUCCUUUCUUAAUUUUCUUCUCAUGAUCAGCAGUUUUUGUCAUUUGAAUGUAGUUCUAGAUACACAUUUGCUUAGCCUGCUUCUCAAACUUAGUGGUUAAAUAUUAACUGAGCCUUUCUGAUUAGAUUCUUAAUGAAUAUUUUCCCCUUAUAAAGAAUUCAUACCCCUAAAGAAAGUGUAAAGUUUCUCAAACUUGGAGAAACCAAAUUGUUGUAGAUUUUGAUCUCACAGUCAAGUAGUGUUAGAGUUCCCUUGAUGGAGAAGUACAGUCACACAAAUUUGUAAAAGUCAAUAAAAAAUGUCUAGGACCUUUUGAUGCUACACAGUUUGGAAAAAUGAUCAAGAAUGGAGUGAUAAUGAAAAUAUCCAUUCUUUCUAAAUAGUGAAUAAAAUACAAUUUAUUCUGAAUACCAAUUUUGUGCCAUUUUCAUAAGAAAUCAAUGAUGUGAAUUUGGUGGAGUUUCUUUCCCCAUUAUCACAAUUAAGAUCAUGGGGACUAUUUUUUUGCUAGGGAAAAUAUGUUUAUGAAGAAUGCAAUGGUUUAUAUAAGUUUAAACAGACAUCAAAGACAAUAUUUAAUAUAUACAUGCCACAGGCCCAGCCCCAAAGCAAUUACUCUACUAUUUUUGUAACAUACAAACAAACCAGCUAUGUCUAUUUCCAAGUUACUCCAAAAUUAUGUUAGACAAAAUGAUCUAAUUUUAGUAUGCAUAUGGUGACUUAUUAAAAUGAAUGUUUGAGCAAGAACUGGCUAGCAUAUCUAACAUUCAUGAAAAUGCCAAUUGUCCUAUAAUUUAGACAUUUUAGACUAUCCGGCUGUUGAUUGAUGCUGAGUAUGAUCUCCAAGUCUAUUCAAUCACUAAAUGCUUACUGAGUUCUUGCUACCUCCAAAAUACAAAUAAAGGACAUGCAAUAUCUUCUGA